UGCAGUUUUGAUGAAAUGGCCAAAUAUGAUCUCCCAGGAAUAAUAGACUUCAUUGUAAGUAAAACUGGUCAGGAGAGGUUGUACUUCGUUGGACAUUCACUUGGCACCACGAUAGGGUUUGUAGCCUUUUCCACCAUGCCUGAACUGGCACAAAGAAUCAAAAUGAAUUUUGUCUUGAGUCCUGUGGUCUCAUUCAAAUAUCCCACGGGUAUUUUUACCAGUUUUUUUCUACUUCCAAAUUCCAUAAUCAAGAGUACAUUUGGUACCAAAGGUUUCUUUUUAGAAGAUAUCAACAAAUUAUCUUCCAUCAAAUUAUGCAACAAUAAGAUACUCUGGGUGAUAUGUAGUGAAUUUAUGUCCUUAUGGGCUGGAUCCAACAAGAAAAACAUGAAUAUGAGUCGAAUGGAUGUGUACAUGUCACAUGCUCCCACUGGAUCAUCGAUACAGAACAUUCUGCAUAUAAAGCAGCUUUACCGAUCUGAUGAAUUCAGAGCUUAUGACUGGGGAAGUGAAGCCGAGAACAUGCUUCACUACAAUCAGAGCCAACCCCCACUGUAUGACUUGACUGCCAUGAAAGUACCCACUGCUGUGUGGGUUGGUGGACACGAUGUACUUGUAACACUCCGGGAUGUGGCCAGGGUCCUCCCCCAAAUCAGAAAUCUACGUUACUUUGACCUGUUGCCAGAGUGGAAUCAUUUUGAUUUCAUCUGGGGCCUGGACGCUGCACAACGGGUGUAUAGUAAAAUCAUAGAUUUGAUGAAGGCAUAUGCCUAAUGUAAGAUAUCUACUUGUCAGUAAAAAGUUGCUUCCAAGCUGAUAAGAGGUUUCAGGAAAAUAUCAAGGUCUGCAUCCUCCACUUAUUAUUGCUUCUUUAUCACAGCAUGCCAACUAGGAAUUAUUGCAAUUGUGCUGCUCUUUCUCUAAGAAAUGCCCACUUCUGAAAUCCUAGACUCCUUCCAUCUGUCAGUGCCAGAGUCUCUUUUUUCAUCCAGGAUGAUCUAGCAAACUAUUCUCUGCUAACA